CCUCGGCUCCAUCGGCGGGUUUUUCCUCCGAUUUGUGCCCAAGCUACGCCGUGAUAUGCUCUUUUCUAGAGCGGUAUGGAGCUUUGCUGGAUCUACCGGAGCUUACAUUUCCACAGUUGGAGAGAUAUCUUCAAGACACAUCUUCAGUUCCAAAGCUCUUGGUGGACCUUCACGUGAAGUUGCUGAGGAAGAUUGGCAAGUCAGUGUCUGCAGACAGAUGGGAGAAGUACAUUGUGAAGGUGUGCCAUGAGUUCAACAGUACCUGGGCAUGGGAGCUUGAAAAUAAAGGAUACAAGGACAUGUCUGUGGAGUGCAAGACUGGAAUCCUCAAACACUUAUGUGAGUGCCAGUUUGAUGACAAUGUCAAGUUCAGGACUGCAAUCAAUGAGGAGGAUCCCGAUAAGAUGCGGCUCCAUCCCAUAGGCAAGGACAAGGAUGGCCUGAUGUACUGGUUCCAACUUGACCAGGAUAACAAUGUGAGGGUCUAUGUGGAGGAGCAGGACGACCUGGACGGGUCCUCCUGGAAGUGCAUUGUCAGAGACAGAAACAGCUUGGCUGAGAUCCUGGCACAGCUGAAGACUCAAAUCGACCCAGCACUGUUGACAAAGAAAGAAGGAGAGGAGGAAGAUGAGAACAAGAAGACUGUGGGAGAAGGGGACAUUAAAAAGACAGAGGAUACCUCAGAGGAUGAAGAGGACAAACCCUCCAAGGAUACAGCUUCUUUAGUCUCCCCAAAAACAGAGAGUACAGAAAAAAAAUCCCUAACAGAGGAAUCAAAACCGGAUGUAUCAGAUGCCAAAUCCCCAUCGAAUGGCCUCAAAGACAACCAAGCCGAGUCAGAGUCAACAAGCCAAUCAGAGAAGUCAAUGAUGGAUGACACGGUCACCAUUAACACCCAGGCAAUCAAAGAAGAGCCGAUGGAGGUGUCAGAAUCCAAGGAGAGCACAGCCACAGGUGCUACAGAGCCUCUUGCAGAGAAACCUUAUGUGACUCCACAGAUAGAACAGACUGAGGAAGCCAAGAGGAAGACUGCAGAGGAACUCCAAAGGGUGAUGAAGAAUGACCAGCAGGCCAAAAUCCCCUUGAAAAAGAGAGAGAUGAAACUUAGUGAAGAUUUCGAUAAUAGUGGCAGUCGCAGUAGAAUCAUUGUGCGAAACCCAUCUGUUGCUCCUGUCAAAGAAGCUCCUAAAGUUGAGGAGUCAAGUAAAGAGGUCUCUGUUGCCCUGGUGGGGACGAUGGAGACUAAAAGUGAUCAAGUGAAUGGUGAUGCUCAGCCUGUCACAGAAAAAAGUGUGAAUAAUGGGAUGAGAGAAUCUCCUAAGGAGAUGGGAAUACAGAGAGAAUCUGCUGAUAGCAAAGAACAGCAAACAAAAGCUGUUGUUGGGGAAGAAUGUGAAGCAGCAGAAGCUAGUGCAAAAGAGAAAACAAACCUGCCCCUGCACAAGGACAAAAAUAAAGGGGAGAUGGCAAGCAACACUGAGGAGCCCAUGGAGGUGGCCAUGGCUGAUGAAACAAACCUACAGAAAACUGUUCCAGCCCCAAAGGCAGAAAUGGAAAGCACGGAAUCACUGAAUAAAUCAUCCAUAAAAGAGGAUAAGUCUUUGUCCCCUCUGACAAAGCCAUUGACUUCAUCUAAGGAUGCAACAAGCCCACCGGAAAAGUCCUCUGAUCGUAAAGAGGAACAAAAAGUCAAGGUAUCCAAGUGGGAUGUGAAAGUGCGUCGUACAGAACACAAGACAUCCACAUCAAUAGAAACAGAUAAAAACCCUUUAUCUAGUAAGUCACAAAAACCAGAUGAAACUAAAGGAACAGAUUCAUCAAUUGCAUUUCAAGAGGUAAAUUCGGCUGCCUUUAAGGAAACAGUUGUCCCUAAAGACAGUUGUCCCCUUUCUGUAGUGAAAGAGAUUAAAAAACCAUCCAUCACAAAAGCUACAGAAAAGCUGUUGAACCCUAAAAACCCAGAAACAUCAGUCAUCACUAAACAAACCGAGAGACCUGACCCCAUUACAGAGAAACCAGACAGCUCUAAAAGCACUGAGACGCCAGCAGUCAUAAAAAAUACAGAGAAACCAUCUAACAAAGAGAGUGCAGAGAAAUGUGAUGAUUUUAAAGAUAUCGAAACAUCUUCUGUCAUUAAAAAGACAGAGAUUUCAGAAAAUAGUAAAGAUGCCAAGAACCUGGCCAGCUCUAAAGAGACCAAUACGUCCUCAUUCCUUAAAAAGGCAGACAAACCAGUUCCCAAUAAAGAAGCAGAGAAACUGGACAACACUAAAGAGACUGAUGAUAAAUCGUUGGUCAUUAAAAUGACAGUGAAACCAGAGGCAUCUAAACAUACAGAGAAAUGUGAUACCCCUAAAGACAUUAUGUCAGCUGUCACCAAGGAGAAACCUGCUGUCAGUGCUGUAAGCACAAAUACAAAUGCAGCCCCUGAGGUGAAGAAAAAAACUGUCCUGGAGAAAGACUCUAAGAAAACAGCUGUCUGUAAAGAUGAGGAGACGAGAGCUGUUGUGGCAGUGACUGAGACAAAAUCUGGCCCUAAAGACGUGGAGAUGGCAGACAUCUCUGAGAAAUCAACCCAAUCACAACUGGAAGAACCCAAAAAGGUAGAGAAAUUGGGUAUCCCUAAAGAGAUGUUGAAAUCGACUACGCCUAAAUACACAGAGAAAUCGGCUAAAUCGGCUACGCCUAAAGAUGCAGAGAAAUUGGCUACCCCUAAAUACACCGAUAAAUCUGCGUCCGCUAAAGACGCAGAGAAAUCGGCUACGCCUAAAGACGCUAAGAAAUCAGUUAUACAUAAAGAUGCUGAGAAAUGGCCUAAAUCGGCUACGUAUGAAGACGCUGGGAAAUCGGCUACCCCUAAAGACACAGAGAAAUCAGCUACCCCUACAGACGCUGAGAAUUCAGCUAAAUCGGCUACGCCUAUCCCUAAAGACGUGGAGAAAUUGACUACUCCUAAAGACACUGAGAAAUCUGCUACUCCUAAAGACACUGAAAAAUCGGCUACUCCUAAAGACACUGAAAAAUCGGCUACUCCUAAAGACACUGAGAAAUCGGCUACUCCUAAAGACACUGAGAAAUCGGCUACUCCUAAAGACACUGAGAAAUCAGUUAUACAUAAAGAUGCUGAGAAAUGGCCUAAAUCGGCUACGUCUGAAGACGCUGGGAAAUCGGCUACCCCUAAAGACACAGAGAAAUCAGCUACCCCUACAGACGCUGAGAAUUCAGCUAAAUCGGCUACGCCUAUCCCUAAAGACGUGGAGAAAUUGACUACUCCUAAAGACACUGAGAAAUCGGCUACUCCUAAAGACACUGAAAAAUCGGCUACUCCUAAAGACACUGAGAAAUCGGCUACUCCUAAAGACACUGAGAAAUCGGCUACUCCUAAAGACACUGAGAAAUCGGCUACCCUUAAAAACACAGAGACUGCCUCUAAAAAGAUUGCGAAAUCUUCAAGCUCUGAAGGACAGAAACCAGAUGCCUCUAAAGAAACGGAGAAACUGUCAGAUAUAAAGCCAAGUGCAGCAAAAGGAGAGAAAUGUGUCGCCUUUGAGGAUGCCAAGCGAUUACCCUCUCUCAAAGAGGCUGUCCCAGUGGAGGGGAAACAGGAGGAGCCUAUGGAAAUAAGUUCGGAAAAGUCAACAGAUGACAAUGUAAAUAUUAGGGGAUAUGCCGAUAAAGGCUGGACAAAAAAGGCUGUUAAAAGUGGAGAGAAUUCUGAGAGCGAGCCUAUCAAAAACUCAAACCGCAUGGACUGUAAUGCACCAUCAGAAAAACAGGCUACCAGCAAGAAGGCAUCAUCUCUCACUGAGACUGAAGGUGAGACAGACAAAAGCCAGGACAAAGUAAUCAAGGAAGAUGCCACAACACAGGGAUCCCCUAAAAAAGAGGAUGGGAAGGAAGAUAGUCAGGCUAAGAAAGACGACAAAAAGGAGGAUGAUGGUGCUGAGAAAGAUGAAAACUCAACUGCAGCAGAGAAAUCGGGUGAGGCAAAAGCAAGUAAGGGGUCUGAGAAUAAAGAGGAUGAGGACAAGAGUGAAAAAAAGGAUGCGGGAACAACAUCAGAGAUCCAAGAGGAGGGGAUUCGCCUGAAAAUACGCGGGAUUACUCACCGGAGGAAAGCUGAGCUCCAGACAAAGGAGAGGGACUCAGGGUCCGAUACUGGUGAGACUGGGAGAUCCCUGAGGAGGUCACCCAGGAUUUGCAGGCCGACCGCCAAGGGGGUGGAGUUCCAGGACAGGAGGCUGGAGAAAAAAGAGACCACACCCCCUGAGGAGAAGGAGGAGGAGGACGAGGAGGAGAAAACUGUUGAGAGGAAACCGAGAGAGAAGGUUAAUCAAGAUGGACAGUCCAAAUCUAAGGGGCGACGGAGGAGAAAGACCCGGUGGUCCAACACUCGAACACGAAGGCGCAAAAAGAAUGGUUCUGGUGAUGACAAUGAAAGCGAGUCAAGCGAAGAGGAGAGCGAGGAGGACGACAGUGAUGAGAGCUUUAAGGUGGAGAAGGGCAAGAGGAGGAGGAGGAACAGAGAGAGGCACAGCGAUGACUCUGACACCUCCUCGGAUGAUGACCUCCCUCCUAACGAAGACCCCUGCAAACACUGCGGCCUCCCCAACCAUCCCGAGCUGAUCUUGCUAUGUGACUCGUGUGACAGCGGCUACCACACGGCCUGCCUCAGACCCCCUCUCAUGAUCAUCCCAGACGGGGAGUGGUUCUGUCCACCCUGCCAACAUAAGCUACUCUGUGACAAGCUUGAGGAGCAGCUUAGUAAUCUCGAUACUGCCCUGAAAAAGAGGGAUCGCGCUGAGCGAAGAAAAGAACGUUUGGUCUAUGUUGGAAUAAGUGUUGAAAACAUCAUCACUCCCUCUUUGGAGGUAGAGGAAGAAAAGGAGGAAGAAGUGGUGAAGAAGGAGAAAAAAGAGAAGAAAGAGAAAAGCAAGAGCUUGGGUCGAAGGUCGACAAGGGCAAAGAAAAGCAUAAGUUACAGGUUUGAUGAAUUUGAUGAGGCUAUCGAGGAGGCAAUUGAAGAAGACAUCAGAGAGGCUGAUGGUGGAGGAGCUGGUCGGGGCAAGGACAUGGCCAACAUCACAGGCCAUAGCAGAGGGAAGGACAUGUCCACUAUCCUGGCAGCAGGAGAGGGUGGUGAGGGCAAGGAGAACGGGCGCCCGCCGCGUCCCAACGCCGGCCAGCGCAGGAAGAAGCGCCGGCGUCUCAACGACCUGGACAGCGACAGCACUGUGGAGGAGGAGGAGAGCGAGGACGAGUUCCGUCUCAGUGACAGUACGGAGGAAGAGGAGUUUGUGGCGUCAGACAAGAGCGAUGCAGAGAGCGAAGCGGCAGUCGACUCUAACGAUGACAGUGACUUUGGCAGCACGCGACGCAGAACUGCCAGGACAAGGAGGCCGGCCAAACGUCAAAGGAGCACUCGGCUGCGAAGGCGCCGCAGAGCGAGAGGGUACUCAGACGAUGAAGAGGAGGAGACGAGUGAGGAAGAUGAGGAAGAAAUUAUGUCGGAGGGCUCCAGCGAGUUCAGCGAUAGCGACCUGGACUGUAGCCGACGCCGAUCCCGCCGGAGUCAUACAAAGAAGCAGGUCAACUACUGCGAGUCGUCCGGCGACUCGGACGGCUCCAAGGCCGGCACCAACCGGGACAAAGUCAAACCGCGGAAGCGCCUCGCCAGCUCCGACAGCGAAGCAAGCUCCUCCAGAGGCUCGGACGACGACAAGAGGGAGAGGACUAGGUUGAAGAGGAGGGCCGACUCAUCUGAGGAAGAGUCCCAGCAGCGCCGCAGACGCCUCUCGCUGAAACGGAGGCGAGCCUCCGAGGAAGACGAUGACGAUUCCGACGAAUCAUCGGAGGGAGAGCGUCCAGUCCGCAAGCGUGUGAACCGCAUCGACUCGGACGACUCUGACAAGGAGGAGGAUAAGGAAGAAACAAAGGAAGAGGAGGAAGGGGGGGUGCUGGGGAAGGGAGCCAGCUCAUUGGACUACAACCUGGUGGAGCUGCACCCCCCAACCAAUGGACAGAGUCCCAUCAAGGCCCUGGAGAGCCUGGCUCACAUUGGGCCCCAAAAACCUGGGGCCACAGCCGUCACCAUAGCGCCCAACGGACUGGAGUUGGCGCCACAGGACGAUGAUGAGGACGACCUGCUGGGAGUCACAGACCUGGUGGACUUUGUCUGCAACAGUGAUGUGUUGUAAAAUCAAGUUGUACGUUUAUUAUUUUCUGUAGUAUUGUAUUUUUUUAUAUGAUGUUGUUUUUUCUCCACUGAAGUCGUCCACAGAGUAUACUUCUGUCCUUUUGUGUUUAUUUUUAUUUUAUUCAUCCUCCUUGUCCCCUCAUCAGUGUGGCCCCAUCCAUCCAUAUGAACUGGAUGCCUUACGGGGAGAAGUUAAUUCUCUUCGCACCUCUCGCAGUGGGAUUGUACAGUCAUUGAGAGCACUAACUCUAAAGGUUGUUUUGUGGCACGUGAAUUAGCAUUGUCUUAUCCUCCGUACUCUGUCACCGAUGGACAUGCGGGUCAGAUACUUGACUGUAAAUGACACACAAAUGAAUCUACCUGUUUCUCCAGCAAACUUCCAGGGUUUCCUACCCCACAUGACCCCACCUUACAAAGAGUCCAUCUCCCAACUUCAUGGUUUUGUUCAUUAGGCCCCAAACGGAAGAAAGCAUACAGAAACUGGGAGGAACUAGACUUGUCCAAUAAGAACACAACCCAUGACGACCUGUUCUCCUGAGAGGCUCCUCAGUGUUCCUGCCUGGGAAAGAUGACAUCUUAUUGUAGGAUAUAAUUCAUUGUUUGUAGGAAGUAGAUGUGUAUUAGUUCAGGUGGGCCUCCACGCUUCAGCAAACAAAGGAAUGGAGGGGUGCUAAACAACAAUGACAAAGGUCACGAGAAUGGCUUACAAAGAAAGAAAAAAAAUAUUGGUAAGCCAUUCUAGUAGUUGUGUAUUGUUUAGUGUGUAUACCAUUACCACUUGUAAGAUUUCUAAAUUUGUAUAUGAGAAUAGAAGAUGGCAGAGGUCAGGGGUCAAACUGCAUUCCAUUAACAACUUAAAUUGUCAUAGUUUUGUGGAUCGACUGCUGGAAACCAAUCAUUGUUUUUAUCCCCUGCUCUUUUCCCCAAACAUUUAAUAUGAAUGUCUUUCUAAUCUUCCUACAUCGAUCAAACAAUGUAUUAUUUGUUUUGAUGUGUUCAAUUCUAUUAGUCAGUUGUUUGAUAAACUAAAACAUUACGCAGGUUUCCCACCUUUAGACCAUUUACAACAUGCAUUGGAUGAAAAGCAUGAGCGCAACAGAGUUUAAGUCAGAAUUCCCAUGAGAAAACAGGACACAGAACCAUCAUCAUCAUCCUAGAAACAGCUUUUUUUAAUAGACAGACUGGGUGACCAGAACCCACAACCGUUCCCAUACUUUUUUGUAAUUACAAUCUCCAAAAUAGUAUUCGUCACCGAGUUGUUUUUACCCAAAGUAUUGUAACGUUGAACUGUCACUUAUAUCCUCUUUUUUUUUUUAUCAAAUGUUUUCAUCAGGUGGUAUUGACUGUUUUUAAUUCAUUCAUUAUUGAUACGAAACAAUAUCAAGGCAGCUACUCAGUGCAUCAUGCCAAAUUACAGGUGUCAUUUAGUCAACAUUAAAAUCUGUUAACCACCACCACAUUUACAAGACUUUCCUUUUAAAUGGAAGUUUGAGUGUAUAUAAUGUGACCAACUAGAGUAUACCAAUCCUGGUCUUCUCACAUCUAACGUGUGCGCAUGCACCGGUUUCUAAAAACCCUAGUUUAGUUUUUGUAUACAUAUAUAAAUAUUAUUUUAAAGUGUGUGCUGCCAACACUAUCAAUGGAUUAAAUGCCCAUGUUUUAGACAAAUGUUUUAAUAUGCUAAUAUUUAAAGGGAUUUGUUACGUGUGAAAUCACUAAGUAUUUACAGAAAACUCUGCCAAUUUUCUCUGUCCAUCCCAAUCGUGAGACUUUAGUAUAACCAUGUCAGCAUUUUAACCAUUAUUUUACGUUGUGUUUUUAUAAUAAUGUAUAUCAAACCCUCCUUCACUUGUAUCGUUUUCCUACCUAGCAAACCAUCAAGUGGCAUAAUGUUUCCUUUGUACCUUCUAGUCAAUACUGUGUGUAGGUUCAAAACCUGGAAAGUAGAGGUACUUAUUGAGUACACCUGUCGUUGUUCAUCAGACUAUUAUUUUGAAGUUAAUUUUUUUGUCAGAUUUCUUCCCCUGGUCUUUUGGUAACCCUCUGCCACCACCAGGGUGCAGUGUUGGUUGUAGAGAACACCACGCUCGCUCUAGUCUCCCCUCUACAUCUUACUGCAUCAACGAAAUAAACCUCUCUCCGAUCUCAGAAAGCCUACCCUUUGUCUGUUCUCAAAUAGGAGCUCAUUUUGGUUUUAAGGUUACAUUUUGAGGUCAGGUUAAAUCACUGACUUUCUGGGCCUGUAUUCAAAAAGUGUCUCAGUAGGAGUGCUGUCCAUAUAAUCUUAUUCAUUAUGAUCUAAAAGGUCAAACAGAUCCUAUAUCAGCACUCCUAUUCUGAGACUGUGAGUACAGGCCCUGGCCUCAAAUCAAGAGGAUUAUGAAUUAAAGGCAUGCUGGAUUAAUCUUUGUUUGGGAAUGAUAUACCAGAAUGCAAUUUGUUUGGGGAAAUGGUCCAGAAAAACCUCAGUAGGAACUAAAUUGACCUCUGAUGUUAAUGUGUGUAUCUGUGGUUUUUACUGUAAUAGGCCUAUAUAUUUAGAGGCAAUUUCUUUUUAUCCUGGAAAAAACUAUUUAGCAAUUCUUUACGAUUGCGUCUCUUUAUAAUUGUAUUCCUUGUAGAGGAGUUGUGAUAUUGGCACAACUGUUUCGGAAUGAAUUCAUUGGCGAGCUGGCAUGUUUGUUGGGUAUCAUUUUGUUAUGUGUAGACUUAUGCGCCGACAGCCCUAAGGAUUUGCGAGGUUCAAUAACCACAGACCUCUAAACUCCUUUGCUCAGCAGUGUUCCUUGAGUCCUGCUACUGGACAGAAGAGCAUAAACCAACCACUGGAGGCAUGGACUAUACCUGGGAGGACUGCUGGGUUGUGUUCAGUAGGCACAAAAUGAAAGAAAACAGUGAAUUGGGGAGGUACUAACUGAACUUGUCCAAUAAGAAACGCUUGUUUUUGUUUUCCGUUGUGCCCCAAUAAACAAGACCCUGGACACAAGCAAAGGUGGCCAUCGUCAGAAUCAUAGGAACAGUUCAAGAUAAAUGUGCUCGAAUUAAGAAAUUAAGCCUGUUUGUAAAUUGUAUUUUGUAAAAUAGUGUUGGCAUGUGUUCAUCACCGAUGGUAAACUUCUCUUAUUAUUUUUGGUUGAUCACAAUGUUUGAUUACAGUUUGAAGUAAAGGAUGAUUUCCGAGGCAAAAUGCUGUUUCUGUGCUGCCUGCAAUGCACUCCGCUAACAUGGUAAUAUUGACUACAGUUACCACAAGAUUAGGUGACUACUCCUAAGCUUCUACUGGCAGUUCAAUUGUGGGAAUUUGACACAUGACUAGGGUUGGUUUACCAUUGUUUUGGGAUGAAGAAAUGUACGGUUUCUGAUGUAAUGUUCCUUAGAGAUGAAGUUUCUCACCUGUAUGUCAUGAGUUUGACAUAGUUAGUGGGCCUACUUCAUUUGAAAUUACAUCUGUUGGAUUUUAAAAAAUCAAUGGUAGAAAUACUGUAGUUGGGAGGGACAGUGUCAGUCAGCUACUACAGGCUGUCCUCUGCUGGGGGGAGUUGGUGCCAAUGAUUCAAAAUUGUUUGUUCAUUAUUGUCUAUUACAGGUAGAUAUGGAGGACUGAGGAGACCAAAGCAGGUCUGGUGUAUGAAUAUAAGCUCCUAGAUUGGUUGUCUAUGUUUUGUCUGUUCCUCUUCAAUACCUUUUUGUUAACUUUACUGUAUUUUCUUUCAUAUGAAUAAGAUCUUGUACAUUUGUCAUAAUAAAAAGGUUUAAAACCUGG